AAUCAGUUCAGUUCGUCGUUGGAUUCGGUCGAGAGAAGACUGCAAGAUUCGUGCUGCUGCCGUGUUGGAGAAGAAGUUCCAGCGACAACAGCGGCAGAAAUAAUUAGGAAGAAAAGGUCAAAAGGAAUAACAUGCAGCGGUAUGGACGAAUAGAUGGCGUCGCAUAUUUCACCUGUGGGCUUAAGACAAGGAAGUUCCAUGUCUCAAAUUUCCUUGAAGGAAAUAAGUGAUUUCCAACAACCAGAUAAAAUAUUCUAUUUUGCGUUUAAUUUAAAACUAUAUUUUGCAGCAAUUUAAGGGCUUAAUCGAUUGGUGACGAAAUAUAUUUGUAAAAUUACUACAUGUUUUAACAAAAAAAUUAUUACUCUUUGAUCGAAUUUAAGGAAAUUAGGGAAAUGCGAGAUUUGUGUGAGUGAGAUUGCCAGGAAAUCACUCAUUUUGCCGGUCAUUCAGUUCCCUCCAUCGACAAGCAGACAACGUUUUAUAAAAUUUGUGCUUUAAAAAUCCCCAAAUUAAUUAAUCACAAAUUGGCCGAAAUUAGGACAACUAUUUAAAAGGAGGAGACCUUUUAUUCAACCUAGAUUUGUCGACCACAGAUUGCAAAGAUGUCAGCCAACAACAACUACUACUACCGAGGUCGAGGCCCUCUUCGUCCACCAUUCGCCUACCAUGGUGGGGGUGGCAGUUUUGAGAACGUUCAACCGCGACCGGCCUACCCGCCCUACCAACAGAUUCGUCAACCACUUCCACUCGCAGCGGUUGACCUGACGCAUCGUGUGGUCAUCCCACCACCAAAGAAUUCGAACAAGGACCCAGCCUGCAUCUGCGAACGCACGGUGGAUUACAUCAUUUGUACCGGAUGUGGAUUUCUAGAUGACAGUAGAAAGACUCGCAAACGACGAACGUGUCCCGUCCAUCCAAGGAGGAUGCUUUACACCGAUCUGGAAAAAUGUCCGACGUGCCAUGGGGACAUUGAGGAGCAAGCCUAAGUCGAAAAUAAGAAUGGGUCCGCAAUUCAUCAUAUCGUUAUGUUUUGUUAUGGAUAAUCGCGAUCAUAUACCUUAAUUCGUAGAAAUUUCAAAAUUGUCGUUUGUUAGAUAUGAAUGUUUUGUUCAGAAUGUUUGUAGACUCUAUAAUUAAUUUGGUCUACUUUUAAAAAUUGAAUAAGUAUGCGCAAUUGACCUGUCAAAUUAUUUGCAAUUUAAUGAAUUAAUAAAGUUUGACGUUACGUUAACGUUAAACACUGGAUUUCUGAGCUCUGUUUUGUAUUUGAUUUCAUUCAUAUUUUUCCAUUUCAUGCAACCCCACGGUGAAAGUGAGCAGAAGUGGGAAAUAUUUAGUCGACACCAUCCCAAUAAAAAUAAAUCUCGCUUUUCACCUUUUGCAAUUUCAGGCCGCAAAAUUAACGAAAUUCACCAAUUUUCCACAAAUUAGUUAUCAUUACGACAUGGCCACCAGCGGGUCACAAUCUGUCCCUGCGGAUCUGUUUGAGUUUGACAGUAAGGAACCCUGGGCCCCUGACACCUUCAUGUUAGUCCCUCUCGAAUCAUCACAAGUCCUUGUUCCCGAACACGCUGCUAUUUUGGGGGCCCAAGCUUUUCUCAAAAUUGCUCGCUUGCCUUUCAAAGUUCGAGAAUGUCACAAUUCGUCUGACAUAAGUCCAAAUGGAAAACUGCCCGUAAUCAAGUGUGGUGCCUACGUUGUGUCAGAGUUGGAUGGAAUUGUAUCGCUCGCUCAAGCCAAGGGGAUGAGUAUCACUGAAUACUUGAAUGCUGCUGAAAGGGCUGACCUGAGGGCUUACAUGUCCCUUGUCCACAACGUCCUGGGAAAUGCCCUCCUGUACUUUACAUGGUUGGACGAGGACGUGUACAACAAGUACACGAAACAAAGAGUCGGAUCUCCGUACAACUUUCCGCUAAAGUAUCUCCUACCUUGGACACUGAGGAGAAAGGUCAAGUCUCAGUUGAACGCGCUUAAAUGGGGAUACCGAACUACGGAGGAGGUUUAUCGGGAAGUUGAAACAUGUUUGCUCGCCUUGAGCGAACGUCUUGGCGAAUCGGAUUAUUUCUUUGGAUCUACACCAACAGAGUUGGACGCUCUUGUGUUUGGCUACCUCUUCACCAUGUUGACCCAUCCGCUCCACAACCAUUCACAAUUUUCUAAUAUAAUCAGGCAUCACCCCAACUUGACUAAAUUCUGUAAGCGAAUUGAUCAAGACUUUUUUGAAGAACAACAGCCCGAGUCAAGCUCUUCUAGUGGGGGCAGACUGGAGUGAAUACAUACACACUGAUUUAUUGCCAUUUUAGUCAAAUGUAAGUAGACAGAAAUAUGUUAUAUUAUGUAGUAACCUACAAUUCAGACGAAAUCUAAUGUGAAAAUACUAUUGCCAAGUCAAAAAUUAAAUCCCACUAAUCAUUUCAAA